AUGUUGACUUUAACAUAAAUGGAUGAAAUAAUCAAACUGACAGAAUAGCAUAUGAUUAAUUGUUAAUUCAAUUAUGAUUUUAAAGAAGCUGAUGAAGUAAAAUCUAAAAUACUUUAAAUGAAAACUAUUAGAGAUCUUAUUGAAAGAGAAGAAAUUUAAGAAUAAUACAAAUUAGGAGAAGAAAGAAUUUUAUCAUAAACUAAGUAAUAAAUAGAUGAAGUCAAUUAAUAUUUUAAUUAAUUAUUUGAAAAAUUCAAUUAUUAGAAAAGUCAAGCACUUUAAUAGUUAUGGCAUCAAUAAAAAAUAAAAUUAUAAAAAUCUGUCUUUUAUAAAAGAUAACAAAAUGCUGAAUAUCAAAAUUUAUAAAAAAUUAUGACAUAUUUGUCAAAUUAAAAAGAAUUUAAAAAGGCAGAGUAAUAUCAGGUAUAUCUAAAAGAAGCAAGUUAAGAUCAUAUGAGGAGAACUCAAUCUGAAUAAAGAUAGACUCAAGAAACACAAUAAAGAGUACUCAAAUAAAAACAUGCACAUUAAGAAGAGGUGUUGAUUAAUAAAUUUAAUGAUUAAGAAUAAUUAAUUAAAUUAGAAAUGAAUAAAAAAUUAUAAGAAAUUGAAUAAAAAAGAAUAAAUCAAAUAACUCAAUUGUAAUUUGAGAGAAACCAAAAAAUAACUUAACUUGAAAGAAGUAGAACUAAAUCUAUUAAAGUUUAAAUCUAAUAAUAAUUAGAUGAGAUGGAAAAAUGUUCCUUUCUUUUAAAAUGA